AAAUUUCGAAUUCCCAAAAGCUUCUUAUUCUUACACGUAUCGUAUCAUAAACAUUGACUCCCAAAAACCCCCUUUAUCUGAAUCUUCAACAAGUUUUGAUUUUGGGGGUAAAAUGGCUGAGAUUAUAGGGAAGAUUAGUAGCAACUAUAGGUUUUCAGCCUCCAAUCAUGAUUACUCACGUGAAAAUUUGAAAAAACUUUCGCCGGUGAUGAUUAAGAUGCCGGCGUUUUCAAGUCUGAGAGCAUCUUUGACCGUCCGAUCAUCAGCCGGCGGUGAAAUUUUCGACCCAAGAGUGAAUGUUAAGAUGAGUAAUGGGAUUGGGAAAUCUGUGAAAUGGUGGGAGAAAGGGAUUAAACCGAAUAUGAAGGAGGUGACGGAUGCAGAGGAGCUUGUGGAGUCUCUUUUGAACGCCGGCGAUAAGUUGGUGGUCGUCGGUUUCUUUUCUCCUGGUUGUGGAGGCUGCAAAGCUCUUCAUCCCAAGUUAUGUCAAUUGGCCGAGAUGAACCCGGAUGUACAGUUUUUACUUGUGAACCACGAGGAUCAUAAAUCCAUGUGUUAUAGCCUCAACGUUCACGUCCUUCCGUUCUUUCGUUUCUACAGAGGAGCCCAUGGUCGUCUUUGUAGCUUUAGUUGUACCAAUGCCACGAUCAAGAAAUUCAAAGAUGCUUUAGCCAAACACACGCCCGACCGUUGUAGCUUAGGCCCUCCGAAAGGGCUUGAAGAGAAAGAACUCUUGGCACUUGCUUCUAAUAGGGACCUUUCUUUCACUUACUCUCCAAACCCAAACCCUAACCCUAACCAACCACAAGAGAUGACGCCGGCACCUGUACCUGUACCUGUGGCACGCUCACGGUCUGUAUCCGAACCGAGUCUCCCUCUUCCUCGUCCACUUAAGCCGGCAUCCGAAGAUAAAGAUAGAAGCUUGGUUUCGUAGAGCCGGAUUUCGACAUGUUUGUUUGUGAUAUGUGAAUAGGAUGAAGCAAAAAGGAUGUGGUUAGUGUGGUUGCCUUUCUACCUUGGUUUUUAGUUUGGUAGAAGGUGAAGUGGUGACCAUUUAUAUUGGUGUGUGUAAUAUGUAUGUAUGGCUAUGAAAUGCCCCUUAUGGUUUGGUUUGGUAGAAAAAAGCACGAGUUUGAAUAUAUGAUAGUUUUCAAUC